AUGUUAGGCGGAGUUAGUCGAAGGAGGAAGAGGAUGGCCGAGGGCUCGGGGAAGUUGGACGAAUUGUUCGACAGCCGUGACAGAGACAUUGUGGAAGAGGUUAGGUUGGAUGAUGGCAGGACAGCAAUUGAGGAUGACGAAGAGGAUAAUGAAGGGACACCACUCCCUUUUCGUUGGGAAGAUCAGGAGGAUGAGACGGAAACACCACAGGAAGGGCAAGGAUCUAAUCCGCAGACCACGCUUGAAACAACUCCUCUACAGUCUCCUGCUGAGCCUUCGUCUACCAACCCGGUUCAACAGCUCAUUAUGGAGGAUGAACAUGCACGUCGGAAUCCAACAGCAAGUGACCACAUCAUCACAAAGAUGCGAGAACGACAAGCUCUCUGUCGAGCCAAAAUGGUGGAGCAACAUGGACGCAAUCAGAAGAACUGGACCUACAAAACCGGCGAUAAAGUCACACUGUUUGUUCCUCCUCAAGAUCGGCCAGGUGCUCCUGCUAGUCGUAUUCCUUGUGUGAUACCGGUUUCUCUACAUCUGGGAUGGUCAAAAUGGAACACUUUCCCACAAGUUACAUUGAGAGAAGCAGCAUAUAAAAUUUUUGAUAUCAAGAAGGUAGAAGUGCAUUGCCGCUGUAAAGGGGAAUGUACCACAAAUCGAUGUCGGUGUAGACAAAAGAAUGUCAAGUGCGAAAAAGAAGAGAAGGAGGACAGAGAAGAAGCAGGUGAUCGGUCAACUACCACUUCCAUGACUGCUCCCUCCUAUACACAAGCUGCUCCAAGCUUGGACAAUGACACAAGUUCAGAAAGCGACACUUCGGUACAAAGAAGAGAACAUCGACGGGCGAAUACCCCGUGGCCAGCUAACGAUCAUUCCCUUGAGUCCUGGAGUGACUAUGACGAAGAUGGUGUUCCCUCUUCCUUCUGGCAUGGUUGCUCACCACUUGAUGAAUUCCCCAACUACAUCGCAACACCCGACGAGCUUUGGAGGGAGGAGUCUUGGGAAAUUGAUGGGCAGGUUUGGUCCUUACCUCGACCGCUUCUCCGACUCGCUAGGAAAUACAAGAUAUGGCUUUGGCAUGAACUUGCUACCAUGAUCAUGAGUAAACGGAGAGGUCUCAAUCAGUCUGGGUUUAUGCAAGAGGCGGCAGAACAGAAAGAACGUGUGAAACGGAUCCUACAGGCUCGAGAGGUAUUCAAGGAGAAGUAUGGAGCUGAGCUACAAUUUGACAGUAAUCAUGUCUUUGGUCGGAUAUGGAUGCAAGCGCUGCUUCCAACUUCCGUGGGUGCAAGAGCUUCUUGA